UUCAAUAUCAAUGACUAUAUGAAUAAAGAAAAGAAAAAUCAAGAUUCUGAUUGACAUUUAAACUUUGUUGUUGAACUUCAUGUGUUGAUAUCAUCAUCAUCAUCAUCAUCAUCAACAACUAUCAUCGACCACCACCACCACCACCACCACCCCCUACCACAACAGCCAGCCAUUGAGAAUUAUAGCCAAAAAAAAUAAAAAUAAAAAUUACCGCUACAACCAUCGAAUGAGAAAAACAACAGAAGAAUAAUAAAGCUAAUGAUGAUGAUGAUGAAUAUGUUCAAAGUCAUCUCAAACAUUUAAGAACAAAAUGAAUAAUAAAGAAUCGACGACACUCACUCUCACACAUCUACUAUUUGUUCGGAUGAGUAAAUCUAAUUGAAUGAUAAAUUCUGUGUGUGUGUGUGUGUGUGUGAGAUUCGAAUUUCAUGAAUCCUUUGCUGUUGUUGUUGUUGUUCACAACUUUUAAUAUGUGAUAAUAUACGUGAUAUUUAACAUUUUUCUUCAAUGCAAGAAACAUAGACAAACAUCAAUUCUAAGCAUAUUAUUAAUCAUAUCAACAAUCAUUCGAAAUUUAUCAUCAUCAUCAUCGUAAUCAUCAAAAGGAAUAAAAAAAACAACAAAAAAACAGCCGAAAACAUUUUAAUGUGAUAAUAUAUGGCUUAUUUAUGUGAUAUGAUGAUUACGAGUGAUUUGGAUUCAAAUUUCUAGUUUUCAACGAUGAUGAUGAUGAUGAUGAUGAUGAUGAUAACAAACAAUAACAAAACUCACGUCUACAAAAUACAUAAUUUUCAAAAAAAUAAUUCUCUCAUCAAUUUCAAUGUGGACAAAUAAAUGACUGUGUGGUGUGAUCAACAAUAUUUAUGAAUGAAAAAUAAUGUCGAUUGAAAAAGCUGGACACAUCUGUUUGACAACAUUGGAAUAUGCAUUCGAACGUUCACGAUCAUUGACAACACAAUGUCCAUCAUGUGGAUUACGGUUAAUUAUACGUUAUGAUCAUUUAGUUAAUCGAGCUUCAUCAUUAGGAGUAAUAAUUGGCAUAAGUGCAUUGAUUGGUUAUCAUUUAGGUGCCAAUAGUGGUUGGAUCAAUCAAUUUAGCCGAAAAUUAAUUCGAUUUUUCAAUUUUCGUAAUGAUCCUGAAUCACAACAACGACGACAAAGGCAACAAUAUGAUUAUCAAACAUCAUCAUCAUCAUCAUUAUCAUCAUCAUUACCAUUACAAUCAAAUGAUUCAGCAUUCAAUACGAUGCAAAGUGGUUCAGAUUAUGAAGAAUAUGAUGAUCAGCUUUAUGAUAUGUUUACAUAUAAUAAAUAUUAUGAUGAUGAUUUAUUCACCAAUCUUAAUUCACCAUCAAAUGUGAAUGAUAAUCGAAAUAGAUUUUUUCAUUCAAAAACUGUGGACAAAAUCGAUCAAGUUUUACAUCAAAUUGAUGAUAUUAAAAAAUCUAUUGUUGAAAUUGAUGAUGAACUUUAUCAUGUAACCGGAUCAAAAUAUGCAAAUUUUAAUCCAGAUUUUUUUACAUUGGCCGAUAUUGGUUGGGAUGAUGAAUCAUCAUCAUUCUCUGAUGGUGGACCAAUUUCAGUAAGAAAUACGAAUAUGAUACACAGUACGAUGGAUAUGAAUAAUCGAAAUUCAAAAUCGAUAUAUCGAAAACGAAAACAUCGUUCCAUUAAUAACAACAACAACAACAACAAAGGUGAACAAUAUUCUAGUCGUCCACAAAUGAUGCAAACACCAACAACAACAACAAAUGAUCAUUAUCAACAACAACAACAACAACAAUCAACAUAUGAAUAUUAUGAUGAUGGUGAAAUGGAAUUAGAACAACGACGUUCAAGUCGUCAAAGUUUUGGAUCAACAGAAACAAAUAUUCAACAACUUGAAUGGGAUGAAACAGAAUGUGAAUUUUGUUUUCAUUAUCAAUCAACAUCCACUGCAAUGGAUUCAAAUGAACCAUUGUUGAUUGAUGAUAAAUCAAUAGAACAAAUAGAUCAAACAAAUUCAUCAUCAUCAUCAUCAUCACCAUCAUGUUCGACAAUGAUAACACAGCCAAUAAUGAUGACCGAUGAACAAAAAUUACAAAAUAUGCAAGAUUUAUUUGAAGAAGCUAAACGUUUAGGCUUAUUGAACAAUAUAAUUGAUGCAUUUUUACAUACAAAUUCCAAUGAAUCGAUCAAUAUGAACCAAUCACCAACAACAGCGACCAUAAGAAAAUUAUCAUCAACAUCAUCAACGAUGGCU